AUGGAGGCGACGGAGAACCAGAAAGUGCCGCUGCCGGGAAACUGCAUGGACGCGCCUGUGACCCCCGUCGGCGACAGGGCGCCAGCUGCUGAAUCCAGUACCGCGCCGAGGAAGACGCGGAUCCGAUGGACGCAGGACCUGCACGAGCGGUUCGUCGAGUGCGUGAACCAGCUCGGUGGCGCCGAUAGGACGACACCGAGAGCAAUCCAGAAGAUGAUGAAUUCAGAUGGCAUUACAAUCUUCCAUAUCAAGAGCCAUCUACAGAAAUAUCGUAUGGCGAGGUACAUGCUAGGGUCGUCAUCCGAAGCAAAACAAGUGGAGAAUAGAGCCGCGCGUAACGACAUGCAGAAUCUGGACAUGAAAAGUGGAAUGCACAUCACAGAAGCGCUACGCGUUCAACACGUCAUGCAGAGACGCCUCGGCAAGCAGCUUAAGAUGCAGCGAGAUCUGCAGCUGAGGAUAGAGGCGCAGGGCAAGGUACUGCAGAAGAUGAUGGAAGAUCGUCUGAAGGCGAGCAGGAAUGCAACGGAGCCGCAGGAGGUGGACGAUGUCUCCCCGGUGACUGGCCAUGAUGACAACGCGUUCGACAACCUGCACCUCCCGUUCGGCGAUAGCAGCAACUCCUCUGACGAAGAUGUGUUCACAUCGAAAUAA